AAUUCUUUCGUAAGAAAUUAGAAUUGGGUCGUGGAUAUAAUGUAAACUAACCAAAUUAAGUCGGGAUGGAUAUAGUGACACUUUGGAUAUAGUGUUGGUGGAAAGGAUAGUUUAAUGUGUACAAAAAUAAAAAAUGGAAGCUACCAAGACAGAUUUGCGUCUGUUACUGGAAUGUCUGAAAUACCAGAUGAAAUGGCCUGGAUCACAGAAACAAGCUCUUCUAACUAUCAUCUCAAUCUGCAAACAGAACGGUCAGUAUGUGGAGUUCUUCAGAGAGAUUGGAGGAAUUUCCUUCAUCUAUAACCUGUCAAAGUCCAGCACUUUCUCUCAGGUUAAAGAGACUGCUCUAUUUACACUUGCAUCCUUGGCUGAAUUACAUGAGAGCUGUAAACAGUCACUGUGCAGAGAGGAGACGUUUCGUGACUUAGCGCAGCAUCUGGAACAGAAAAUGCCUCUGACGGAAAAAAGAGUAGCGGUGUACAUGCUGUCUGUAUUGGUUGCCAACAACAGAUCUGGACAGACUCUCGCUAAGACCUCCAGGUGUAUCGAAACCUUGCUCAAUUUGUUCAGGCAUAGUUUUCCAGAUCCUAACGCAUCUUAUGAGCAGCUGCAGUUGUGGGCCACUGUGUCUAGUGCUCUCUGUGGCUCUGUCAACAACCCUCAAAAUGAGGAGAAUCAGAAUGCAUGCAUGUAUGUGUUUCCCCUGGUGAAGACCUGGCUGCAGGAAGUGGCAUUGCCCAGGGCAGAGCUGGCUCAGCCUAUAUGCUCAUUUAUUGGCAUGACUGUUGCAAACAAUCCUUGUGCACAGGAGUAUUUUGUGUCAGUGGGAGGCCUGGAUUCACUCUCAGACAGUCUUACCAGAGUGUUGUCUCAGUCGGCACACAGUGCUCCUGCUUGUAAGAUGGCUACAGUAAUCACUAAAACACUCUCUGCCUGCAUCUCUAACAAUGAGCAGUUAGUAUCUUCUUUUUCAAAGUUGAGGGUCAUUCCAGGGCUGUUGUGUCUGUUGUCCAGCCCAAACCUUGACCCACAAGACCAGCUCGCUGUGGUUUUGAUGAUUGGACACCUCACGGAUGCCUGUGUAGAGCAUCAGUCUCAGUUGUUGUCGGCAGGAGGUUUGCCUAUUAUGAUUUCACUGCUCACUGAAGCUAGUGAUGAAGAGGUUAGAAAGGCAGCCAUGUUCGUACUGCACACCUGCAAGAGAAUCACUGAAUCACUAGGCACAGGCAUGUCAACUAUGGAUCUACAGGAGGAGAGUGACAUGGAGAGUCACUGGCGGUCUGCUGAAGAAAUCCUCCAGAGAAUUCAGCUCCUGGAGAAAAAGAUUGGUGUGAAACUGGGGGGAAAAGACACUGAAAUCCAGCAGAGCAGCAAUCAGAGGUCGGCCUUAUCUGUGGAAUGUAAUGAGGCAUGGUGGGAGGGUUCUGUGAUGCGAAAGGUCAAAGGUUACCAUCGAGUAUGUGGGGAGCUACACACAACCCCUGCAGAAACUCUAGAACGACCAAUCACAAAUGAAAUACCGUACAACAAAGAGAACUCGCAGUGUGUCAGCACUGAAGAGUGUUUGAAUCCUGCCCAAGUCACUCACUUCAAAGACCCUAGCUGCAAAAAGGGCAACGAGAGAGAGCAUGAGAGGAAUAUUGAGAGGAGUGACAACCAGAAGGGAGAUGUGAAAAAGAGAGACAUGGAGAGCAAAAUGCAGUCUGAAAGAGUGGCAAAGAGAUUAAAGAUGAUGAAUCUAGUAGACUCAGAUGAUGAUGGCAACAAACUUCUACAGCACUGCAGCACGCCAAUAGGGGGCAGCAGAGAUACACAGGGCCCAGAUAUUUUCAGACAUCCUGAUCCCAUGAAGAGAAACCAGUGCACACACACUCGCUCCGAUGAUGAGAUGUCUCUGUGCUCUGAGCUGUUAGACAGAGAAAUUAACAGGUUUCUGAAGCCGCCUUCUGCCUCUAAACCCAGAGGUCUACGCUGUGCAGGUUGUGUGAAACAUAUGAAUGAGAUGGACAGUCGUUCAUAUGGCGCUGUGUUGCGUAGCUGCAGGUUUCAGUGUGACUUUCACCUGGUGCUACGAGAGGCUGAGGAUCGAUUUAGGAGAAGCCAGCAGUUAAAGAGGACUAGCCACACUCUAACACACACUCACAUCCACACACAUGACAAAAACAGAAAGAGCUCUAGUGAGAAUACAGAGAGGAGCAAGAGGGGAAAACACAUGCUGAGUCACCAACCAUCAGACAGAUGUGUUAGUCUCACACCCCUGAGAAGACCGAGAGAAAUAUACAGUGUUAGGCUCACACCCCUGAGAAGACGGAGAGAAAUAUACAGCCAAGGCAUAAAAAAGAACAUGGAUCACAGCCGUCUCAAGAAAACUUCAGAAGAGUGUCUCCCAAAAAAUUCUUCAGGCAGACACAGAGAGAGGCGGAACUUUUCUGCUGAUGAGUUGCAGUACCUCAAAUUUGGUGUGAAGAGGUUUGGCCAUUCCUGGAACUCCAUCCUCUGGACGUAUCCCUUCCAGCCCGGACGCACCAAUGUAGACCUGGCCAAGAAGUACCAACACAUGCAGAAAGCUAAAGCACGGGGUGUGGAUCUAUCUGGGGCAGGAGACGAAUAAAACAUCACCAGUUGAACUCAUUUACAGCCAUCACUAUUUGUUGAGUUAUGUAUUGUAUAUUUUUGUUACUGGAUUUUAGAGUUUUGCCCUUAUUUUGCUGUACAACAAGGUGAUGUGUUAGAAAAUAACUUUAUUUGCACUAAAGAGAAAAGGAAAAAAUGUUUCGUUUUAAAUGUUGUUUUAUUUUCUACCCAACGUAAGAUAUGGGUAUCACAGUUACCUGUUUAUUUGUUUUUUUGUCAGAUCCACUUUAUUUGCAUGGGAGUCCAUACUGUAUGUAUAUUUGAAUAAAGUUUACUUGUUGUGCAACAGUAGAUUCCCUAGAGCUAUGUCAUCUAAAUUUAUUCCUCUUAUGGCUGAAGUACACAAAGCUCUGUUAUACAAGGAUAAUGAGGCAUGGCAUUUCCUUGAGAUUCCAGCAAACGGAAGCAGCUUAAAAUUUCAUCAAAAACUUUGCUGCAUGUUCAGCACUGAAUACUCAGUUGAAAGAUGUUUGUUUAUAAUAAAGCCAAAGUUUCUUGGGAAAAGAGCCAGAAAGUUGACCUCAAAAAAAAAAAAAAGUCCCAUGAGACCCCUUUUCUCUGGAAAGAAUGUUGCCCCUCUCCCCAGAAGCUUCGCUGAGAAAACUGAGGGAGGUUGUGCAUGUUAUCUUCCCAGGAAACUCCCAUGUAUUGGGAUUGUUCAUAUACUUCUGUGUUGACUUUUAUUUCUAACACCAGAGGCAUUGCGGUAAUGUUGAAUCAAGCUAUUUUCACAUAUUGAUGUUCUGCUCAGAUGUUUGAGAAGUUACUUUAGGA